AUGACGGAACCCCACAUCGCCGAGCCAUUGAAGGACUCCAACCCUGAGACCUCCCUCUUCCUCAUCGCCUCCAAGACCUUCACCACAGCCGAGACCGUGACCAAUGCAAACACUGCCAAGUCAUGGUUCUUGAAGAGCGCAAAGGAGGAGGACAUUGCGAAGCACUUCGUCGCCCUUUCAACCAACGUUGAGGAGGUCACAAAAUUAGGUAUUGACAAGAAGAACAAGUUCGGCAUCUCCGACUGGGUUGGUGGGCGUUACAGAGUCUGGAGAGCCAUCGCCUCAGGCCCUUAA